AUGUGCCGCGUCGUACUGCUCAACCAAACCCAGUACGUCAACUAUCAGUUGGGAGCGGGGCUCCCAAGAAUCCCAGUACGGACGAUAGUCGCGCGGACCGGACGAGAUAACUCGUCCGACGUCCGUUCACGUCGCGGUGGUUCAACAGCUGCUCAACUAGAUAGCGCUGGCCACCGCGAGAGUCCUCUAAUGGAGGUGGAGGAGGGGGAAAGACGCUCUCCACACGAUCAUGGGGAUCCGUGUGUUCCCGAGAGAUUCUUUGAUCGCGUAACGCAAGGGUUACGCAACGAUCUCGAACAUGAGCGGGACAGGCGUCUCCAAUUGGCGGACACUGUCUUGGAGCAUCGACCUGAGUUUGCCUUUGCUCAGCUUGAGAAUGAGAGAGCUCUGACACCUCUUCGUGACGAGUUAAGGGUAGCUCGUGGGAUUGUUGAUCGGUCUCGGGAUGAGAUAGCUGCUCUUUAG